AUGGCUGACAAUAGUCCUUCUAAAAGUGAUAUCCAAGCAAUUUUUAAAAAAUUAAGGGCAGUUGCCACAAAUAAGAGUUGCUUCGAUUGCAAUGCUAAAAACCCAACAUGGUCCAGCGUAACAUAUGGAGUUUUUAUAUGUAUCGAUUGUUCGGCAGUUCACAGAAGCCUUGGCGUUCAUGUAACAUUCGUUAGAUCCACACAGCUUGAUACAAAUUGGACUUGGGUUCAAUUACGUCAAAUGCAAUUAGGAGGCAAUGCAAAUGCUGCUAAUUUUUUUAGACAACACAAUUGCCACACUACAGAUGCCCAACAGAAAUACACUUCUAGAGCUGCUCAAUUAUAUAAAGACAAAUUAAAACAAGCUGCUGUUCAAGCAAUGAAAAUUCAUGGAACCAAGUUGCAUUUGGAACCGAGCAAUGAAAAACCGGAAGAUAAUGUUGUUAAGGAAAUUGAUUUUUUCGAAGAGCAUUCAACGGCCAAUGAUAAUUUCGAUGAAUCAUUCACGAGUCAUAAUUUAAACGAUUUCGGGGGUCGCAUAAAUAAACCCAAUAAUAAUAAUGCUAAUGUAAAUGCUAAUCUUAGUCAAGAUGGCGGGUUCAAUAGGGAUGCUCCGACGGUUAAUUUAUCGGCCCAAGUUUCCGCUCCGGAAGGUGAAAGGAAAUCGUUGAUAGGUGGUAGAAAAAUCCAGGCGAAAUCCGGUUUGGGCGCGAGGAAAACUGGAAAAUUGGGAGCUCAAAAAAUAAAAACCAAUUUUGCGGAAAUCGAACGGGAAGCGGAAAUAAUGGACCAAUUAAAAGAGAGACAAGCAGAAGAAGCCAAAUUGCUAGCGGAGAAAACAGCCGAAGAAGAACAGAAACAAAUGGCUUCGAUGAGAUUGGCUUACAAGGAUUUGAGCCUUCAACAGAAAAAGGAAGAGGAAAAAUUGAAACAAACGAAUCCGACAAAAGCUCAACAAAUCGAAAGGCUCGGAAUGGGAUUUUCCGUCAAAUCAGGAAUAAGUCAUUCGGCACUGAGCGACAUGCAAACCAUAGAGCAAGAAAACACAUUGAAACCGUCAUCGUCGUCAAACGAAAAUAAAAAUUUAGAUUCCCUUUUUUUCGAUGGAAAUUCCGGGAGAGAUCGAUACACUAGUAAUAGUAAAGAAUCUAAAACGAAUCAAGAUUCGGGAUUCGAAAAUGAAUUUUCUCUCUCUCUCUUUCACCGCGAUAGGUCUUACAAAGGAUGGAAUUCGACAAGUGAUGCCAUGUCGUUCAGUUCUAGUUUCGAUGAAAAACCGAAUCCGGUUAAAGAAUCGGAGAGUAGUAGUCGAAGUAGUAGCAGUCGAAGGGAUCCGCCACUUCCGGCAUCGACAUGCGACGACGCUCAAAAAAAAUUCGGUAACGCAAAAGCCAUAUCUUCCGAUCAAUAUUUCGGAGAUUCAUCGUCCAAUAACUGGGAACGUAAAGCGAAUCUGUCACGAUUCGAAGGAUCGUCAAGCAUUUCUUCGGCUGAUUUUUUCGGAGACAGAUAUUCCAAUUCUCAACAUCAAUCGAGUUUAGCAUCGUCUAUAAGCGCUCCGGAUUUGGACGACGUGAAAGAAAGCGUGAGACAGGGAGUGACAAAAGUCGCGGGAAAAAUAAGUUCGUUGGCGAACGGAGUUCUUUCGUCCAUACAAGAUCGAUACGGUUACUGA